CCUGCGCCUGUCCGCCCAGGCCUGUGCCCGUAUGCACCCGCUGGCACAGCCCCGGCCGGGUCGGAGGGGUCGGUCCGGUCGGUCCCGGCUCCCUGACCGUUCCAGGCCCUGCCACAAGCCCUGAUCAGCGGCAUUCGGUGCCGCCCGUCCGCCGGGACUGCCGAGAAGUCCUGAAGAAAUGUCUUCUUGCUUUGAGCAAAAUAUAUAUCGCCAUUAGCAACUAUCUCUGGCAGUUGAUUCACAUAGAUAACUGGGCCUCUAACACCCAUGUGCAGAAGCCAUGAAUUCCAGAAGAUUGCUCUCAGAAACACGGAGAACAUUUCCUGCUACCAAAGUACAAUGCCAGCAGCCAUCUCAGAUUCUCAUUGUGGAUGUCACAUCACCUUCCUGGACCAACACUUGUUCUGUGCUCUCUGAAGCUCUGGAAAACAUACUCUGUUUGGCAUGCAGUUUGACAGGCCCCUGCCGUGUUCCCCUGCUGAGCCUCUAUGUGGUGCAGAACCAGCAGGAGUGUCUGCUCCCCUUUACACAAGUGAGAGAAAACUUUGCACGAAUCCAAGCCUGCAUUUCAGAGCUCCGUUCACUACCACGAGAAGGCUGCUUCCCAAAGGUGGGCAAUGGAGUGAUACAAGCUGUGCAGGAUGGAUUGCAACAGUUCAAGCAAUACAGCAGACACACUGCAGCAGGAGGCUCAACAAAUACUUCUGUUGAGAUCACAAUUUUAACUUGCCGGUCCAGCAAAGAAAUAGUAAAGCAGCUGGAAAAGAAGUUAAAAGAUGUGGACCUUGUGAAUCUGCGAAGAAUACAAGUCACUGAAGUUUUGAAGAGAGACUUUCUGGAGCCUGAGGAUGUGGAGCAGUGCAUGCCAGCAGAGGAGCCCACCAACAAUGACAUUGCAAUCCUGGGAAUGGACAUUGAUGUGAAAACCAUAGAGGACAAUGUCAUCAGCUUGGAGAUGAUGUUUAAAACAUGGCUACAUGACUAUGGCACAGAGAGAGAACACCUCCAUCUCCUCCUUCCAUCAGGAGGCUUCAGCCAUGCCACUGCACCCAAGACCACCCUAAUAUGCCUGAAGUGUGAUUUGCAGGAGAGAUUGCUUGACCCUUCUCUACUUUCUGGAUCUGUUGAUGGCACCAUGAGAGCAGCAGAUUUGAAUUCACCCUGCCAGAUGGCUGCCUGGCCAGCGACAAUGCUGUAUAAACUCCGAGUUGUAAAGGCUCUGAAGUCUGAAGGGGUCUGUGAGUCUGUACUGUAUGGGCUGCCCUUCAUCAUCAAGCCUACCAGCUGCUGGCAGCUGGACUGGGAUGAACUGGAGACAAACCAGCACAGCUUCCAUGCUCUAUGCCAUAGUCUUCUGAAAAGGAAGUGGAUGCUUUUGGCCAAACGUGAGCCACAAGACCCUGGUGCAAACUGGAACAUCAUGGUGCAUUCCUACUACAUCAUUGUUCCAUCUGACUCUGCCUCUCUGCUCAUCAAAGCAAUUGCCAUCAGAGAGCUCUUGCUGCCAUCAACCUUCCCAGCACUCCUUGCUGAGCACCCUGAGAGAGUGCACGGCCCCAUAGAGAGUGCCCUCAACAGCUUGGAGGUGGAAGUUGCUUAUAACCCUUUGCACCUAAAAAGCAACCUCUACAAAUACCUGAAGAGUAUGUUGUACAAACCUCUGCCCAGGCAGCAGGUCCAGCCCAGGGACCAGCGACCAGAGAGGCACCAACCCAAGCAGCACUCGAGCAGAGCCAAAGCCACCGUGGCACCCCUCCUGAUGGCUCCUUCUCCUGUCCAAGCGUUCAGACCAGCAAUGGGGAGGAGAGAUGGCUGUGAUCACUCCCUGUCCCCCAGGGAGUACGAAGAGUUCCUGCAGUGAGCCCUAGUGCUGCCCGGAUGUGGUCAGGCAAGACAUCUCGCUUGGCCUUGGUUGGACCAGCACUUCCCAUUGUUUGUUCCUCCUUGUUGUUUUAUAGUUGUGUGGGUCACCAGGUCCAUCUGCAGGAAGCCUGGUGCUGUGCUGAGGCCCUCAGUCCAGAGAUUCAGCUGUUCCCAUACCACCCCUCAUUUCCAAUCCUUAUGAGCAGACAUCACCAGCAUGUUGCAAAUUUUGGUUUGUGAGACUAGGCAAGUAGAAGCCACAAACCACAGAUUGAUGUUAGUGGGUGCAGAAAAGCUGCAAGCAGGGUGCUGAGGAAGUCUGACAGAUAAAGUAGGCAGUAACACCAGGCUGCCCUCAUCCUGCAGAAGCAUGUUCAGCAGGGUGUUUGAGUAGGCAUAAAACAAAGCUUUUGAAUUUAAAGACCAGAAUGCAGCACUAUGAGCUGCACUACCUUUGACUAUGCUGAUUUUGCUUAUUUCCAUAACUGAUGUCACUUGUUCAACUCCCAAGCUCACAAAGGGGUUUGUAGCAAGUGCCAAACCAGCUGUAACACCCAGCAGUGACAACCAGCCCAGCCCAGCUAGAGCUGCAGCACAGCACCAUCCUCCCAUAUAGCUGCUGCUUGGAUGCUCUCCUUCCUAUGGCCCAUCUGUGCCUAUGGGGCUGCUCUGCCAGCCAACACAGUACUUUUUGGCAGGGUUCAGAAGAUGGGGAAUGCUGGCCCCAAGUUUCCAGAGAGCUUCUGCCCAGAGCUUGCACAGAUGCCAGCCUCUUUCUCAGCACAAACACAGGGCAUCUGCCCCUGGCUGGGCAGGAGCUGAGGGAAGCUCAAUUGAGCUAAGGUGGGGUGGUCUCACUGGGUGUUCUGGAUGCUGGGCACAGCAUCCCACAGCGAUUUGUGUUCUACUUACUUUGUUCUGACGAGCUGUUUCAAAAUAAAGUUCUC